AUGAGAAGCAAUAGUCCGGAGCCUGAAACUAUUUCAGACACUGAAGAAGACGACGACGACGAUGAUGAUUGGAAGAAAGUGUUUUUCCCUCAUAUGGCACCUAUUGAAAAGUUUGAUGAUAUUCCAGUAAAACCAAAACAGAAUUUUCCAAACAGAAGUGGUCCUCAUACAUAUUUUAGAUCAUUUUUCUCUGAGGAAAUAUUGCCUGUAAUAGUUGAGCAAACCAAUCUUUAUGCAGCUCAAAACAAGCAGAAGAAUUGGGUUGAUGUUUCUGUUGUGGAAAUCCAGGCGUUUCUUGAAAUAUUGGUACUAACAGAUCUGGUACAACAGAUGGCAUCACGAUCUAGGAUGUUAGUUCAAUUAGCUACAGGUGUUAAAAAUAAUUUAAGUGUACAACUAAGUGUUUUAAACUUUCAGAUAGAUAUUUUAACACAAGCCGAUAACGAAAAUGCCAAAAGCUCGACCAAUACAUUGCAGACAUCUAAGGAAGACAAACACAUAGCAGUAAAUUCCAUCCGAACUCGUAGUAAUUCGACUAGUAGCAGCAGUUCCUCUAGUUCUAGCAGUUCUUCGAGUUCUAGCAGUUCUUCAAGCAGUGGCCCAUCUAUGUAUCAAGACAGCGACGACUCAGUAAAGGAUCCUGAUUAUGAAGCCCAACCAACAAAACAUGCUGAGUAUUCUUCUGAUACUGCCGAGGAACAAAAUAUCACUACCAACUAUACAAAUAUUUCUGAUGAUCAAAAUUAG